GUGCGCUUUCAAAGCGCUUCAUAAUUACAGAUGAGUGCUACACAGUGAUAUUCAUUUACGCAGGUUACCUUAGAGUUCUUGGGAACAGGGACAAUGGUGGUCAGUAUGAAACAUGUUGGGAUUACAGACUGGGACAAGGAGAGAUCGAAAAUGUCUGUGAAGACACCUGCCAGCUCCUCUGCGCCUGCUUUGUUGACGCACCCUGUUAUUUCGUCUGGCCAGGAGGCCUCGUUAUUCUUAACCUGUUUGAAGUUUUGCUCACAUCGGCCAUGGAGAGCACAUAAAAGGCAUUUAUUUACCUUGUUUGGGAGGAAUGAAAAUGUGUCGAAUAUAAUCAGCGUGUCAAAAACUAAUGUAGACAUUAGUUAUGCAUUUAUAUAGCUUCCAAAAUCUUUUUAUUUUUAUUAUUAUUAUUAUUAUUUUUACAAUAGAGUGCCAAGAUGGCUGUGCAUUGGCUUCAGCGCCAGAAAUCCACAAGAAGAACGAGAAGGAGACUCGGACUGCCUGGCCUGUGCCCUGUCUUCCGUUCGUGCGUCAGCAGGUGGCGGCAGUGUUAGUAAACUCAAGCUCCUCCCAUGUGCUCGUGCGCUCCUUCCUCCUCACUUCCUCUCCAAACCGCGCCUGUGAAUGGGGCUGGCGGUGUACAGCCCGGAAAGAAAACACCAUGUAAAAGUAUAAAAACUACACAGAACGCAAACUAUUGAUUUUUCUCAUUAUUAGUUCCGUUAGUCCACGCGUCGGGGGCAACGCUUGCAUUUCGGAAGAGAGCGUGAGUGAGGGCACAGAUUAAUCCCGUGCAAGGUAGCAGACAGAUACCAUGCAGAUAAGUGAUGGCCCCAGUUACUUCCCGGUCUUUGUGGCCCCGCCCAACGUUAACCACCGGUCGCCAGGAUUCGUCCCCGGCAGGGUCGUACCUGUCCACUCUCCGCCUCCAACUAAGGCCCCUCCCCCUCCCCCCCUGAAGCCCAUUGGCCCACCUCCUGAGCGCCGGGCGACCUUUAGCCUAUCAGAGAAUGGCCACCGCCUAGAGCGUGGUCAGAGGAAGAGGAAUACUUUAAUAUGCUUCGGUGUCUCAAUGGGGGCCUUCUUUUUCUCGAUCAUCCUCAUCCACAGCCUCACCAGUGGAGACGUGUUGGAUGGGAACUGUCCAGACCACAGCACCUCCCUGAGCAGCUGGAACCCUGGUCACAACCCAGAGAAGGCCGUGGUCGUUCGGAGGGGAGAUCUGUUUCGAUUGGACUCUUCUGCCACCUUAUACUCCCUGACCAUCCAAUCAGGAGGCCGAGUGGUCUUUGCAGACAAUGCUGAGGGCUCCAAAAACAUCACUCUCAGAACGCGCCAUGUGCUGAUUGAAGACGGGGGUUCGCUGCACAUCGGUGCCCCCAAAUGCCGCUACCGCUCCAAGGCCACAAUCGCCCUGCUGGGCCGUUCAGACGAAAAGGCAGUUGCGGAAGUACCGGAAUUGGGCCGGAAGUUCAUCGGGGUGCGUGGUGGUGCAACCCUGGAAAUUCACGGGACAGAAAGGCUGUCGUGGACCCUCCUGACCCGCAGCGUCUCCUCCUCAGGUCUAGCCAUGGGGGGCUAUGCCUUCCAGCGCAACUUUAGCCGUGGCAUCAACCUGCGUGUGGUGGACCAGGACACGGCCAGUGUGCUGUUCAGCGAGCGCUACGACACGCACGAGUCACGCAACGACAGCCAGCGGCUCACACAGCUGCUCCGGUCGCUGCCUGCGAGGCGCAUCGUCACGCUGGCCGUGGGAGACUCGGCUGUCAAGAGCCUGCUGGACGAGACCAAGAGAACCAUCCAGAGCCUGCUUGGUAGUACAUACGUCCAUGACCUCAAAUACAGGCAGGCCUGGGCCUUGGUAUCUGUGAUUGGUGGAGGGAACGGCUCGUGUUCAGAAGCCGUGCGGGAACAUGAGAACCAUGACACAGGAGGGAAGGCGCUGGCCCACCAGAACUUCACCACUGUGGACGGGGUCGGCUUCUCUGUCACAGCCUACAGCGAAUGGAAGAAUGGUUUUCCCAUAUCUGGCUUCCAGGUUGAUGCUGUGGACCAGGUUGUCCUGAACCUGCAAGAUGAUGUAAGCACUUGGCAACCUGGGAACCAGGUUGUGGUUGCCAGUACUGACUACUCCAUGCAUCAGGCAGAGGAGUUCACCCUCCUCCCAUGCCCGAGUUGCACCAGCAGACAGGUCAGAGUUCAAGGGAGGCCCCAGUUUGGCCAUGUGGGGGAGAUUGUGGACGGGGUGGACAUGCGGGCAGAGGUAGCAAUGCUCAGCAGGAACAUACUCAUCUAUGGGGAGAUGGAAAACGCCUGCUAUGGAAACAACUGGUGCCAGUUCUUUGGCCACGACACGUACGGCGGACACAUUAAGAUAUUUGGGAAUUUUACCUCGGUGCACCUGUCCCACGUGGAGUUGAGGAACAUGGGGCAGCAGAAGAAGGGCCGCUACCCAGUCCACUUCCACCGCUGUGGGGACGUGGACCGACGAGGGGGCUACCGGGAACCAACCUACGUGGACGGCCUUUCCAUCCACCACUCCUUCUCCCGCUGCAUUACCAUCCACGCCACCAACGGCCUGCUGGUGAAGGACACUGUAGGCUAUGACACCCUGGGUCACUGUUUCUUCCUGGAGGACGGGAUAGAGCAGCGGAACACGUUCUUCCACAACCUGGGUUUGGUGACCCGACCGGGAACGCUUCUGCCCACCGAUCGCAAUGAGACCAUGUGCACCAGCAUCCGAGACAAAGUGUACAAGAACUACACCCCUUCACCGAGCAUGGAGUGCAAGGCAGUGUCUACGUUUUGGAUCGCCAACCCCAAUAAUAACCUCAUAAGCAACGCUGCUGCUGGCUCCCAGGAUGCUGGGAUAUGGUAUGUGUUCCACAGCUCUUCCACAGGGGACUCUCAUGGGCUGGUUCCAGAGACCCGGGCAGAGCUGACCCCUCUGGGGAUCUUCUACAACAACCGGGUGCAUUCCAACUUUAAGGCUGGGCUCUUCAUUGAUAAAGGUGUAAAGACCACCAACGCAAGUGCUGCAGACCCCCGGGAGUACCUAUGUCUGGACAACAAUGCCAGGUUCCGUCCACAUGAGAAUGCAGACCCAAACCGGCCGCGGGUGGCUGCUCUCAUCGACACACUCAUCGCCUUCAAGAACAAUGACCUCGGAGCCUGGAUACGUGGCGGUGACAUCACCAUUCAGAACUCUGGAUUUGCAGACAAUGGGGUGGGACUCUCCUUUGCGAGUGACGGUAGCUACCCUAAGGAUGAGGGCUCCAGUCAGGAGGUGACCCAGUCUCUGUUUGUUGGAGAAAGCCGCAACCGCGGCUCCAACGGAGGCCAGAACAAGUACUGGGGCCAGGGAGGAGCAGAUGGCAAGAUGAGGACACUGCCCAGGAACAGGACAUUCCCGAUCCGUGGCUUCCAGAUCUACGAUGGUCCUGUUCGGCUCACCCAGAGCACUUUCCGAAAUUAUGUCCCGACGACGGAGCGCUUCGCCAGCGCAGUGGGCUUCAACCUGAAGAACACCUGGCAGCUCACGCCCCGCAACAACCUGUCCAAGCUCAGCUUCCGGCCCAAUGUUGGUCUGAGAGUGUUCUUCGGGCAUCCGGGCCAGUGGUUCGAGGAGAAUGAUCUGGACGGGGAUAAGAACUCCAUCUUCCAUGACGUGGACGGCUCUGUGACGGGCUACAGGGACGUGUAUGUGGGCAGAGCAGACAACUACCUGAUCCGUCACCGCGACUGUGUCAACAUCACCCAGUGGAACGGGUUGGUCUGCAGUGGCACCUACUCUCAGGUGUAUAUCCAGACCCAGGGAGCUCCCAGCCUCAGUCUGUCCAUCAGUAGAGAUGAGUACCCUGAGGCUCCCCUGGUGCUGAGAGGUAUCAACAGCCAGCGGGCGCUGUCCCAGCAGUACCAGCCUAUCGUCAUGAUGAGCAAGAGCUACACCCUGCACUGGGACGGCCCGGCUCCCAGAGAGAUUGUCCUCUCCCUCAUCAACUUCAACCAAGGUGACUGGGUGCUGGUGGGCCUCUGCUACCCACCUGAUACCACCUUCCAGGUUAUGGCUGACAUCAACGACCGCCAGAGCAACACCUUCAAUGACAUCACCGACUACGGGCCCUUGUACUCCCUCGCCGAGCUGGAGAAGAAGCCGCUGGAGAGGAAGUACUUCUUUGACCACAGUGUGGGAUUGCUGUGGCUGUAUUUGCAGGCGAGGCAGAGACGCGACGGCCACAGCUACUGCUCGGUUAAGGGCUGCGAGAGGGUGAAAGUGAUGGCCACCACGUCGUCCUCCAAACUGACCUGUAACUGCACGGCCAAGGCAUACCCCAAAUACACCAAGGCCCCCUCGGCAGUGGUCCCCAUGCCCACCCUCAGCACCCAACCUUGCAGGGACUGUGGAGCCUCCCAGCUGGUGUUUUCCAGUGACCCGUGGAACACCUACCUCCAAACUCAGAUCAAGUCUCUCAGCAGCAAGGAGCAGCAUAGUGGAGACACACAGUCCUUCAUCACUGUGAACCGUGAGACGUUUUCCUUCACACAGCCAGGCUUCUUCCUGGUCUCUGUGGACGCCUGCUCUGGAAAAGUCACAAAGAAGUCAUCUUUCUCCAAAAUGGACUCUAAAAUGGAGCAGUAUUUUAAAACUGGAAUACCAAAGAGGUCAAUAGUGCUUCUGGGAACGCGAGGGCAACCUGAUGGCUUAGCCGGUGUUGCACCGUAUCUGGUCCCCCUGGGCAUGACCAAGGCAGCAGAUCUGCAGAGUAAAGAGAGCCUGGUGUUUUGGGGGUUCCAGGGUGGCUCUUCCCCCCCUCCGUGGGCCUCUAUCCUAGCUGGGCAGGGUGAGGAGGGGCUAGGGCUGCAGGAGCGCUACCUCCCCCUGGGCCUGGAGGCCUACGGCUGCACACAGACCAGCACUCGCAGAGACAUGGAGCUACUUAGGACCGCCACAGGACCAUAGUGACCAAUGAGAACACAACUUACCCAAAACACAAUCAACCAGCGAAUGAAUGUGAACUUCUAUUAUUUAUUAUUUUAUUGGCAAAGCUGUUUAGUCGUGUGUGUGUGUGUGUGUGUGUGUGUGUGUGUGUGUGUGUGUGUGUGUGUGUGUGUGUGUGUGUGUGUGUGUGUGUGUGUGUGUGUGUGUGUGCGCGCGCUCACAUGCCUGCCUGGGUGAGGUGUAGUGGGAUGUGUGUGUGGGGCAUGGGGAGGGUCUGUAGAUGCAUGAAAAUAUGCACUUUCCUAGUCACAUGAUUUGCAAUAUCAGCCAGUCAUCUCACUGAGCCAUGAAUUCAUAUUCAGCCUUCAAUGAAAACAACCAAAAAGAUGCUGCACAUCUGCCAUAUUUCAACAAAUUAGACUGGAAACAGGAAAUCAAUGGGGGGUGGAAAGCAGACGAACAAAGUAACCACAUCAAACUGGUGUGGUCUAUCACUCCUAUCCUGUUCCCCCUGGUGGGUUUCUGUCUCAGGCCAGUCUUUGACCGGUCUGCUGCUCACCACAUCCAUAGACCAAACGCAUCAUUAAGAAGAGGACUGACAAAGCAAACCAAAGGAAAAACACUCAUUAUUCCACCUUUGUCCCCCCCGUCUGUUUCCUUGCACACCCCUGGGGGAGAGUUUUGUUCAGCUACUAGAUCUGUUGAAAUGGGAUUUUACUAAACGAAUCAUCCAAGUGUAUUAGAAUGAAAAUAUCUUCUAUGGGAUUACAUUGAGAUUGUUGCAUUUUCAACAACCAUUUUUUCCCCCCAAGGAUGUGUCCUUUUUUGUAAGAUAUUUAUUUGAUCUCGAGACAGUGACACUUUCCCCAGGGAUGGCUACGCGUGUAGCGGAGAUGGGUUGUUUCUCUUCUUUUUCUUCUCAUUAUCUCACCAUUGACACAGUGUUUCCAACUCAUUUACCUUUUAGGAUGGUUAUGUGCACUCCCCUGCGUAUUUAUUUGGACUGUGAUGCUAAAAUGUUUCAUUUGGCUUUAUACUCCAUUUUGGAUUUGAGAUCAAAUGUCUUAUGAGGCGACAGUACAGAAUGUCACCUUUUAUUUGAGGGUAUUUCCAUACGUCUGUUAUGAGGUUUAGAAAUGAAUGCUCUUUAUGUACAAUAUCUAGUCGUCCCCCCCAUUUGAAGGUGGAUAAGUAUUUGGACAAAUUCACUUGUAGUGUAUUCAAUUUAGUCGAUAACGUUUAGUAUUUGGUCUCAUUCAUACAGUAGCACACAAUGUACUAACAUCAUUGUGACUAUACACUUGUUGGAUGCAUUUGCAAUUUGUUUUGGAUUAUGUUGUGCCCAGUAGAAACGAAUGGUAAGUAAUGUGUUGUCAUUUUGGAGUCACUUAUAUUCUAAAUUAGAGGUCGACCGAUUACGAUUUUUCAACGCCGAUACCGAUUAUUGGAGGACCCAAAAAAGCCGAUACCGAUUAAUCUGACAAAUUUUUUCUUUAUUUGUAAUAAUGACAAUUACAACAAUACUGAAUGAACACUUAUUUUAACUUAAUAUAAUACAUAAAUAAAAUCAAUUUAGCCUCAAGUAAAUAAUGAAACAUGUUCAAUUUGGUUUAAAUAAUGCAAAAAAAAAAGUGUUGGAGAAGAAAGUAAAAGUGCAAUAUGUGCUAUGUAAGAAAGCCAAUGUUUCAGUUCCUUUCUCAGAACAUGAGACCAUAUGAAAGCUGGUGGUUCCUUUUAACAUGAGUCUUCAAUAUUCCCAGGUAAGAAGUUUUAGGUUGUAGUUAUUAUUGGAAUUAUAGGACUAUUUCCCUCUAUACCAUUUGUAUUUCAUUAACCUUUGACUAUUGGAUGUUCUUAUAGGCACUUUAGUGUUGCCAGUGUAACAGUAUAGCUUCCGUCCCUCUCCUCGCUCCUCCCUGGGCUCGAACCAGCAACACAACGACAACAGCCACAAUCGAAGCAGCGUUACCCAUGCAGAGCAAGGGGAACAACUACUAGAAGGCUCAGAGCAAGUGACGUUUGAAGCGCUAACUAGCUAGCCAUUUCACUUCGGUUACACCAGCCUCAUCUCGGGAGUUUAUAGGCUUGAAGUCAUAAACAGUGCAAUGCUUGACACACAAGGAAGAGCUGCUAGCAAAAUGCACGGAAGUGCUGUUUGAAUGAAUGUUUACGCGCCUGCUUCUGCCUACCACCGCUCAGUCAGAUACUUAGAUACUUGUAUGCUCAGUCAGAUUAUAUGCAACGCAGGACACGCUAGAUAAUAUCUAGUAAUAUCAUCAACCAUGUUUAGUUAACUAGUGAUUAUGAUUGAUUGUUUUUUAUAAGAUAAGUUUAAUGCUAGCUAGCAGCUUACCUUGGCUUACUGCAUUCGCGUAACAGGCAGUCUCCUUGUGGAGUGCAACGAGAGAGAGGCAGGUCGUUAUUGCGUUGGACUAGUUAACUGUAAGGUUGCAAGAUUGGAUCCCCCGUGCUGACUAGGUGGAAGUCUGUCGUUCUGCCCCUGAACAAGGCAGUUAACCUACCGUUCCUAGGCCGUCAUUGAAAAUAAGAAUGUGUUCUUAACUGACUUGCCUAGUUUUUUUAUUUUUAUGUAAAUCGGCGCCCAAAAAUAACGAUUUCCGAUUGUUAAAACUUCAAAUCUGCCUUAAUUAAUCGGCAAUUCUGAUUAAUCGGCCAACCUCUAUUCUAAAUAUGAGUAGAAGGUUAGCAAUUUGUAGGGGUAUGACAUGUACGCCUUUAACUUUCUCACUCAUCAUUAUUCAUGAUUCAUUCAUGAUUGUCCGUAAACAUGGUAGCAUCCAAGUGUUGAGAUAAUAUUAUAUUUUGAAUUACAAUAAACGUGACUCAAAUGACAGAGUACAAUAUUUACCAUUUAUUUCUAGUGGGCAGAACAUAAUCCGAAACACAACCAAAACAAACUGUGAAUGCAUCCAACAAGUUUGUAGAGUCGCAGGCUUGACGUAAACAUUGCAUGAUAGGAAUAUGGGACCAGAUCCCAAAUGAUUGACUACAUGUAAUGCACUAAGUGAAUUGUCCAAAUGCUUAUGACACCUUUCAAUGGGGGGACUAGAUGCAUAAAUUGCAUUCAGUUCUAAACAGUAAAACAUGUAUGAAAAUACCCUCACAUGACUGUAAGUCGCUUUGGAUAAAAGCGUCUGCUAAAUGGCAUAUAUUAUUAUUUAUUAUUAUAAAAGGUGGCAUUCUGUACUGUAUCGUGAAAUAAAACAUUUGAUCUCAAAUCCAAAAUGCUGGAGUAUAAAGACACAUUUUAAGUUUUACCUUCCCUGUCCAAAUAAAUAUCUAUGGGAAUGUGUUGUUUAUUAUGUAUCAAUGCCUAAAGUAUGUGUUUUUUACAGGAGUCUGAGGGACAUUUUACAAGGUAAACAUUGCCUUAUAACGAACAGACUAGUAGUCCAUACCAAAACCAAGGCUUACUGUACCUCUCAGGUCUCCGUAGGUGAUUUGAGCAGGGCUCCCCACUGUGGCAGUGAUUAGUGACUUUCUGGAUGUGAUUGGGAGUAUUCUUUUUUUUUAGCUGGUGAGCCAGAUUUCACAAAUAAAUUGUAGAAAAUGUGCAAACUCUGCCUACUUGUUACCCCGGGAAAACUAAAUGAAUGCAGCCAUUGUGAGCGAUUCUCUGUGAUGGAGAAGGACCUGCUUUUUAACCAUUGUUAUGUUGUAAAUAUUAUUUUUUUCUUGUGCCCCCCCCCCCAAGAUGCACAAACCAAGAUUGAGCUCUUUUAAUACAAUUAUGUCGGUGGUGUGGAUGAAAAUAUUGAGAGGUUGUCAAUGGUGAGUGCGUGUACACAGUGUGAGCGAGUGCCUUUCAAGUUGAUGUUAGUUGUAUUUGACAUUUGACAUGUUGAUUCACUACUCAUGUUGAUUCACUACUCAUGUUGAUUCACUACUCAUGUUGAUUCACUACUCAUGUUGAUUCACUACUCAUGUUGAUUCACUACUCAUGUUGAUUCACUACUCAUGUUGAUUCACUACUCAUGUUGAUUCACUACUCAUGUUGAUUCACUACUCUUCAAUCAAACCUUUUAUAUUUGACAUUUCACAUCAUUGCUCUUCUGAAAUUGGGGCGUUGAUAACCAUUUAUACUUGUAUGAUGGUGUUCUGUCAUCGUUGUUCAUGAUCUUAUUUUAUCUGAUGUAUUCAACAAAAUCAAGGAUGCCUCUUCAAUGACAAAAUGUUAUGCACCAAUGAAUCCGAUUACUGUAUAGAGUACACUUAGGUUAAAGAUGGCACAAAGAAAAGGUUAGGCAGGGAGACUACCAAGAACUGUGUAUUUCUGUAAAGAUGUGUUGCUUGACAAGCCUACUACUUGGGGGCAGGAUUUUUACAAUUGUUAGGAAGUCCUACAUAUGCCCAUGCCCCCCCCCCCCCAAAAAAAUAGCAUAUGAAAAUGUCAUAAGCCAUUGCAAAAUGUGUAGAAUUUCAGAAAAUUUGUUUUAAAAAUGUUGUCUCAGGCUCAUGGCAAAAUGUACAGAAUAUCUGAAAAAUUGGUAGCACUUAAUAAUAACUCCAAGCAAUAAAGCAUUUAUAAUGGA